AUGCCAUUUGAGGUGGGUAAGUUUUACAGGACCUGUAAUGAUGCAUCAGGCUCUUGAAUUAGAAGGCAAAGGGUAACUGAAAACAUAUUCGUACCAGAUUCUAAUUUGAGUGAGACGGAGGAGGACAUAGAUGAUGAUGGGGAUGACGAGAUCUCCCAAUUUCAAAGGGAUUUAAAUUUGGAGGAUAUGUUUGAGGAUAAAGCAAACAAAAGUGAUGGCAAAGGCAGUGAUUCUGAUAUUUCCAAAAGUUCCGAUGAUGAAGAAGAUGUUGUCAGUGAUUACGCUGAAGAAUUAAGUGAUGCUGAAGAUGAUCCAGUACAAGAGAAGAUACAACCGAGAAAGAAAGAUAAAAACAAACAAAGUAAAAACAAUAUAAAAUGGAGAAAAAUUACCCCUGCUGAAGUAGAUGCCAAAUUUGAAGGUCCACCUUUUCCAGAUCCCCCUGUGCAUGAUCUUGAACCCAGGAAUUAUUUUGAUAUGUUUUUUGGCCAUGAACUUAUUGAAACAAUUAUUGAACAGACCGACUUGUAUUCCGUACAAACCUCUGGAAAGAACAUACAGACUAAUAACAAUGAAAUUGAACAGUUUAUUGGUAUAUUAAUCAUGAUGGGAAUUGUAAAAUAUCCUUCAUAUAGAAUGUAUUGGUCCCCAGAAACACGAAUACCAGCAAUUGCAGAUGUCAUGAGUGUAAACCGAUUUGAAAAUCUCAAGCGUUAUUUUCAUAUAGCUGAUAACAGCACAAUGCCAAAGCAAGGAGAAGCAAAUUUUGAUAAAUUGUACAAAGUGAGACCGAUGUUAGAGUCCUUGGUGUCCAAAUGCAGAGACGUUCCACAGGAACAGUAUCACUCUAUCGAUGAACAGAUGAUUCCCACCAAGGGCAGAUCUUCCCUGCGCCAGUAUUUGCCAAAGAAACCCCACAAGUGGGGCAUCAAGGUGUGGGCAAGAUGUGGUAAUAGUGGAAUUGUUUAUGAUUUUGAAGUGUAUACAGGGAAGCAAGAAGAAGACAAAGAAUUCGGUAAAGUUGGUGCAGUUGUUAAUCGACUUGUUCAACACCUCCCGAAGAAUCUGGGCCACAAAGUAUACUUUGAUAAUCUCUUUACCAGCAUUAAUCACGUCAAGCAUUUGAAAGCUGAAGGAAUAUGGGCAUUGGGCACAAUACGUUCUAAUCGCUUAGCAGGAGCAGAUAAGCUGUUGAAAAGCAAGAAAGUAUUAGUAGCUGCAGGUCGAGGUUCGAUUGACUAUCGUGUUGAUGCGAAUUCCAAUAUCGCUCUUGUCCGAUGGUUGGACAAUGGUUUGGUUCAACUUGUUUCAUCAUUUGUUGGAAUCGGCAAUGGGAACCCAGUUAAACGGUGGAGUGCGAAAGAGAAGAAGAAGAUUGAUGUUCCUUGUCCUCAGAUUGUGCAUGAAUACAACAAGCAUAUGGGAGGAGUCGAUCUGUGUGAUAUGCUAAUGGCUUUGUACCGCAUCAAACUUCGUAAGAGGAAAUGGUAUAUGCAUAUUGUCUACUAUUGUAUUGGAGUAGCAAUUGUCAAUGGAUGGCUCCUGUAUCGGCGACAUUGUGAACAAAAGAAAAUUGCAGGGAAAAAUGUUUUGCAUUUGCUGACGUUCCAGACCCAAAUAGCCCAUUCACUCCUGUAUGCAGGCAAGGUGGGAAGUCAGGUACCACAAAACAAGCGGGGCCGUCCUUCACUCUCACCGCAAUCAAGUGAUGCGUCUAAUCCACAUAAGCGCCAAAAAGCAUCAGUUCCUAUUCCACAAAAUGACGUCAGAUUUGACAAAAUUGGACAUUUUCCACUAUUUGUGGAAAAACAACAAAGGUGUAGAUUUUGUAGUGGGGGAUAUUCUAGAGUAAAGUGUAGCAAAUGUCAUGUACAAUUGUGCUUGGUGAAAGAUCGCAACUGCUUCAAUGCAUUUCACCACAGAUCUUAA